CCAAUCAAAACACCACACUCCUUUCGCCCUUUUCCCUCCAUUCUUCUUUUGCUUGUGCUCAUCAAUCAAUAGCAGCUCCACUCCCUCUUCCAAAACCUCGCAUUCCCCUUUCUUCACGCUUGCUCAAUACCUCACCCACGCGCACGCACAAUUCACGCCUCUCUCAACCUUUUCUAGCACAUCACUCCCCAAUUUGCAGCAAAAGUUUCAAUCUUGGCCGCUGAAUUUCUCCAAUUGAGAAUCUCCCAUGGCAGGCCCGAUCUGAAUUGGGACGCAGCCGAAUUCGGAUCUUCACGGCGGAGAUGGUGGCGGAGCCUUGGUUGCUUAAGAUGGGGAAUCAGGAUCGCCCAAUCCGCCAUUGUUUCAAAGUUAAUUUCAGUAAUUAGUAUCUAUUUUUGAUGAGUUCGCGAGCGAGAUACCCACCGCCGGGAAUGGGUGGCGGCAGAGGCGGAUACGGCGGAAUGAACCCGAAUGCCGGACCAAACCCUAAUUUCCAGCCACGAAACCCUAUGCACCAGUAUGUGCAAAGAAGUCCAGCUCCUAGUAAUCAGAAUCAACAAUUGUUUCAGAAUCAGCAGCAGCAGCAGCAAUGGCUGCGAAGAAAUCAGCUGCCUCCUACCGAUUCCGCCGUCGACGAGGUUGAAAAGACCGUACAGUCGGAAGCCGUCGAUUCUAGUUCACAAGAUUGGAAGGCAAGCUUGAAGUUACCACCACGGGACAAUCGUUACAGAACUGAGGAUGUUACAGCUACCAAAGGAAAUGAAUUUGAAGACUACUUUUUAAAGCGCGAACUGCUAAUGGGGAUAUAUGAAAAGGGUUUUGAGAGCCCGUCUCCGAUCCAGGAAGAGAGUAUUCCAAUUGCUCUCACUGGAAGUGAUAUUUUGGCUAGGGCAAAAAAUGGAACUGGAAAAACUGCAGCGUUUUGCAUCCCAGCCUUGGAGAAGAUUGAUCAAGAUAAAAAUGUUAUUCAAGUUGUUAUUCUUGUCCCAACAAGAGAAUUGGCUCUUCAAACAUCGCAAGUUUGUAAAGAACUCGGGAAGCACUUACAAAUUCAAGUCAUGGCAACUACUGGUGGAACUAGCUUGAAAGAUGACAUAAUGCGUCUUUAUCAACCAGUGCAUUUACUUGUUGGGACACCAGGAAGAAUUCUUGAUCUUGCCAACAAGAAUGUCUGUGUUCUGAAUGAGUGCAGCAUGCUUAUAAUGGAUGAGGCUGAUAAGCUUCUGUCGCCAGAGUUCCAACCUUCUAUCGAGCAGUUAAUUCGCUUUAUGCCUGUAAACCGCCAGAUUCUUAUGUUCUCAGCUACAUUUCCUGUUACAGUAAAAGACUUCAAAGACCGAUAUCUGAGAAAACCCUAUAUCAUCAACCUUAUGGAUGAGCUUACCCUCAAGGGUAUAACCCAAUUCUAUGCUUUUGUUGAAGAAAGACAGAAAGUUCACUGCCUCAACACCCUUUUUUCAAAGCUUCAAAUCAACCAGUCUAUUAUUUUUUGCAAUUCUGUGAAUCGGGUGGAACUUCUUGCCAAGAAAAUUACGGAACUUGGCUAUUCUUGCUUUUACAUUCAUGCUAAGAUGCUUCAGGAUCACCGCAACCGAGUAUUUCACGACUUCCGUAAUGGUGCCUGCAGGAAUCUUGUUUGCACAGACUUGUUUACAAGAGGGAUAGAUAUCCAGGCCGUCAAUGUUGUAAUCAAUUUUGAUUUUCCUAAGAAUUCAGAAACAUAUUUACACAGGGUUGGGCGAUCUGGAAGAUUUGGACACCUUGGUUUAGCUGUGAAUCUCAUCACCUAUGAGGACCGUUUCAAUUUGUAUAGGAUUGAACAAGAAUUAGGAACAGAAAUCAAGCAGAUCCCACCACAAAUUGACCAGGCCGUAUACUGUCAGUGAUCUGUGGGGACUGCUAUUCAAUCCAUAUUUUGAAGUUUGUAAGGAAAGUUGCUUCCUGUAGAAGAGGUGAGAUGAUCGAAGGUCGGGGUUAAGAUGGAAUCAUGCUCUUGGUAAUGAGAAGCUCUGUGUCUGACCAGUAAUGAAGAUGAUGCCCAGAUUUCCAACAUAUUGGGCAUCUGAUGGCCCUUGAACUUCUAAAGAGAUGGUAUACCAUAUCAUUUCAGGAUUAUGCCCCUAUUGCUCUAGGUUCUGAAUCGUUUUAUUCUCUCUAUUAACGUUAGACUAUGUCAAUCCUGUGUUCCUGUAUUUUCUGUGUGACCCCGGAAAGAGGGCUUUCUUAUUCUACUUUGUGCCCGUGAUCAAUGAAGGAGAAAAAGAGUUUGGUUCUGGUUUUUCGCCCCUCGUUACAUUUUGGUGAAAGAUCCGAUAUCCUGACAGCUGAAGUAGCUUGUUAUUUGGGCAAUUGCAGACUUGUCAGUUACUCUAUUCUCCACCUCUCUCACUUUUAGUUUUGGAUCAUUAACUUGCUCGACCUUAGCCUAUAGUUAGGUGUCUUGGUCGGAUCUUGAUGGACAUAAGAGUCUUGUUGCAGAUGAUAUAAUCAUGUAACUCUUUUAUUUGGUUUAUGUGGAUGGUUAUUUUGAUGUUU